UAAAACAGAUGGCAUUAGUGUCACUCGUGACUUUUGAUUGUGAACAUAGUUACGAUAAAACAAAUCGUUUAUAUGCGCACUAUAUUUGUUAAAAUGAUUCAUAAUAAAUGUAGACAAGGCUUUUAUCCUUCAAGUAAUAUAAAAAGAUUUGAAGUGCCUGAAAACAAAGUAUCAUGGAGUGUUGACUACCCGGAAUAUACACCAGUCGAAUACACUGCACCAGCUAUUAAAGGAAAAUCUUGGGCGGAUCCAGCAAUCGGCGAAAAUUCAUUCGAACCAAAAUGGAACUCCAUCGAUGAAAAUAUAAACCGCAAAAGUUUUACGGGUGACUAUGUUAUAACCAAGGAUGGAUAUCCUUUGAACCCUAUUGGUCGUACUGGUAUUAUUGGACGUGGACUCUUAGGACGAUGGGGACCAAAUCAUGCAGCAGAUCCAAUUGUAACUCGUUGGAAACGAAAUACUACAGGAGCAACAGUAAUAGACAAAAAUACACAGAAACCAGUUCUACAGUUUGUUGCAAUACAAAGACGAGAUUCAGGAGAAUGGGCCAUACCUGGUGGAAUGGUUGACCCUGGAGAAACUAUAUCAGCAACUUUAAAAAGAGAGUUUAUGGAAGAGGCCAUGAAUUCGUUGGAAAAAAGUCAAGAAGAAAAAGCAGAGAUGGAAAAAUCUAUCAACGAAUUUUUUGAAAAGGGAGAAGAGAUGUAUAAAGGAUAUGUUGAUGAUCCUAGAAAUACAGAUAAUGCUUGGAUGGAAACAGUAGCAUUAAACUUUCAUGAUGAUGAUAAUAGUGUUUUGGGUAAAAUUACAUUGAUGGCUGGGGAUGAUGCACGUAAUGUGAAAUGGAUGGAUAUAAAUAAUACAUUAAAUUUAUAUGCUAACCACAGCGAAUUUAUUCGAAAAACGGUACAAAAACGUGAUGCACAUUGGUAAAAUUAAACGCACUGGUUCAUUAUUGAAGAAAGAAAAUGUAUAAAGCUAUUUGUUUAAUAAGUUUUUAUUUUUAUAAAAGAUGAAUCAAACACGUAUUUAAAUUAAAUAUGAGAAGUAAAAUGCUUCAUAAAAAAACGAUAUUGUAUAAAAAACAAACAAUUAAUAUUUUAGUACAUUACAUAAAAUGGUGUUAAUGAUCUAUUUUAUCAUAAAUGUACAUAUGUAUAUGUAAUCAUCACAGAUAAUAGUAUAGAUUAUUUUAUAGUACUAAGUCACUAUUUAAAAUAUGAUACUUCAGUACCAAAUAACAUGCGUUAUUUUAAGGAUAAUGAUAAGUCAAAAGUAU